UGAGGUGCCAGUUUCGGGUGGGGAUUCUCCUCACUUCCAACCAGAUCAUUGUAGUAAACAGAUGCCUGUAAAAGAUUUCUGGAUGCAAAAUUAAAAAAGCUUUUGGUUAACAAAGAGACAUGCUGCCACGUCGUACCCUCGGUUGCCGUCCCUGCCGCUCCUGGCCGGACAUGAGUCAACGUCGCUUUAUAAACCGGCACCGCGUGCCCCGCCCAGAGCGCCAGACUGGGGAGGCUCUUGGGGAGAAGUCCCGGAAGAAUCCGGAGCCGCCAGCCAAGAAGUUCCUGUCCACCCAGUGGGUCACUGCCAAGGUGAAGGUGAGGAAGACGGACAACUAUCCGGGGAGCAGGCUUGCACGGUCGGUCGCUUUAUCGAGAUCGGAGAAGCCAAAGGCUAAGGUAGCGCCUCAGGUUGAGGAUCAGCACGUGGAUGGACCCGGCGUCCGAGGACUGAUGCUGCAGCCCAAGGUGAGGGCGGCUGUGGCGCGGACAAAUCUGCUCGAUGACAGCCAAGCUGACACUGGCAUUGUAACGGCAAGCUCUGACUCGGACAUUACAGACCCUACAGACCCUACAGACUCUCUAGACGUUACGGACCCUUCAGACGCCACAGAGGUUCUAGGCACUGCUCUUGACGUUAUGGACGCUUUAGACAUUACUGACCAUCAAGACGUCACCCUUUCCCCAGAAGUUGUGGACACUUUAAACGUUAUGGACAAUUUAAAAAUUACAGAUACGCCAGACACUGCAGCAGUUCUUCUUGACGUGGCGGACGCUCUAGACAUCACAGACUCCCUAGACAUUACGGAUACACCAGACACUGCAGCUAACUUGGACGGACUGGUGGACCUGGACGAAGAAUCAAUGGCGCGUUUGCAGGAUGAGCUGAGCCGUUACGAUGCCAGCUGCCAGCUUCGAGCCCUUCAGUACGAAGCCAUCUAUCGCGACAGCCAGGCGCUUCUCGAGGAGCUCAGAGGAAUCUCCCGAGGACUGGAUGACCUGCGUCUGGAUGUUGACACGCGCAUGGGCAGUCGCACCAACCUCGCCAACAGCGAAGCGGACCCCUCCGAAUCCUGGGAGGAUCCUGCCCCCGAUCAGCAGCCAAACUCGCCUCCCCAGCCGCCCAACUGACUCGACCCGCCAUACUGACUUGAUCCCCACGUUCGCAUUUUAAUAAAACGUUUUUCGGUGUGCAAAAAUUA